AUGGUGACGCGCGUAUUGGAGAUCGCGGUCUCUCCAACCAGUGACGAAGCCACUGGAGUUUUGACGUGGCUGCUACGUACCUGCCCGCUUGCCCACUCGUAUUGCAGCAAAGUUGGUGACGAGAAAUACGUAACUGGUAAGUACAUACACCAGCUGGAGAAUAAUAACAAGGAGGCAUGGACCGUAGCGAAGAGGUGGUGGAUGGGUAUACAUCAUCACCGUAGGCAUUUUUAUACAAUCCGUCGACGUUAACCAGAAUAACUUAUAUUGAAAAAUAUGGCGCCCGUACUGAGAUUAACUUAUUGUUUUUUAUAAAUAAUUAUCAACAAACAAACAAACAAACAAUAGAGCAACAAUUUUUUUAAAUUUAAAUAAAUAUAAAUGUGCAUAUUUGAAUUUAAAUUUAGGUCAUUUGAAUUGUGUUGAUGUUGUGAUGGAAAUAGUAUUUAUUUAUUUAAAUAAAUAAAUAUAAGAAUAUAUAAAACAAAAGUAUCAUCCACCUCUUCGUUAUUGUCCAGUUGCGAUGUUUAUCCACUGGGAUUUGUCUAUUUAUAUUAUUGAUGGGCUAUUAGUCCCCAGGAUAUGGAAAGUAUGGUCGAAGAAAACGGAUCAGCCGUUGACCCAUUGUCGCCAGAUUCACACAGUGGUGAUUCGGCACCAGCAAUCGCUACCUCGGUACAAUCAUUGAGUAGAUCUCAACAGCAAACACAUCAUCUGGUAGCCUCCACCAGCAUUGUGCAUCUGACAUUACCCACGUCGGGGACAACUCAGGUACAAUCAGUUAUUCAACCAAAUCAUCAAUCUGUGAUCCAGAGUGCUACUAAUAUACAACCGGUAGCUAUUUCAAAAGGAAAUGUUAUACUCGUCAGUAAACCGAAUUCUGUUAUACAAUCGGCACAAGGGAGUUUACAAACAUUACAGGUUGUCGAAACAGCCAGUGAUGACAGUUUUUCAGAUGAAGAGUCACCUAAAAAACGACGAGAUUUGCUGACAAGAAGAGCUUCGUAUCGUAAAAUCCUAAACGAUUUAAGUGCCAGUGAAAUAGCCGCGGGUCCUUUGCCUCCCCUUGAAUCCUCCCUAGAGUGUGACUCUAACGUGGACAGUGACAUGUCUUCUCAUUCACUGCAAUACCAAACAGUAAUACCGGCGGGAACAAUACAAAUAGCGACCCAGGGGGAGGGUGUGCCAGGGCUUCAUACGCUGACAAUGAGCAAUGCAACAACGGCAGGAGGUACGAUAGUGCAGUAUGCACAGGGCCAGGAUACACAAUUUUUUGUCCCAGAGUACACAGGCCACGGUGUUGUCGUUGAAGAUGCAGCCAGGAAACGGGAAAUGAGGUUGCAGAAAAAUAGAGAAGCGGCGCGUGAAUGUCGAAGAAAAAAAAAAGAAUAUAUUAAGUGUCUGGAAAACAGAGUAGCUGUAUUAGAAAACAGAAACCAAACGCUCAUCGACGAGCUUAAAACACUGAAAGAAUUGUAUCAGCAUCAGCAAAAAGCUGAAUGAGAUUCAAAAUUUGUAAUUAUUAUUUUACGGGUGUCUUUUUAAACAGACCAAUCACCAAUCAUUGGCGCCGUAUAUAUUAACAACAUAAGUUGUCAUAUAUUUAAUCGGUGUAAAUGAUAAAUCCAACUCAACUCUAUUUAAAAGUGGUUUGUUUAAUCUUAAAUAAAAUAUAUAUUUAUUAAUAUAUAUUUAUAUUUAGAUUUAAAAAAGUAUAAUAAAUAAACAACAAAUGUUAUUAUUUAAAUCACUGAACAAAACCGUUCUCUUAUACAUAGGUGUCUGUAUCAUAUUGUAUUUAUGUAUUGAAGUAUGAUGAUUCUGAUGAUAAUAAUAAUAGUAAUAAUAAUAAUAAUAAUCAUAGUAAUUAUUAUUAUUAUUAAAAAAAAUAAAUGUAAUGAUUACGAUGAAUGGAAGGAUUUUAAAACUUGCGGUGACUUAAGCAAGAAGCCAAAGGUUUUGUUCGAGGAACAAACGAUUUAAAGAAACGGAAAUUUCUUCUUAUAUUUUUAUUAAAGAUUUUUUUUUAACGAAUUUCUAUAUAUAUACAUUUAUAUGUAAUUAGAUUAAAUUUAAUCUAAAAAAAUUUUUUUUUUAAUACUGGAAAAUUAUAACGAAAUUUACGUCAUGAUUUGAUACUUUGUAAUUAAUUAAUUAAUUAAUUAAUUAAUUGAUCUUUUAUUUAAUUAUUUUUUAUUGUGCAAUUGGAUUAAAUUAUACAGAAAUUUUCCGUUAGAAUCACAAAUUUUUAUCGUACUCUUGGAAAUGAAAAUAAAAAAAAUACAACGGUGGUAAUUUUAAAUCACUAUUGUAAAAAAAUAUAUAAAUAUAAAAUUGUAAUAUAAGAUUUAAAAAAAAGAAAUAAUAAAACAUCAGGAGUGCCUUUAAGAUUGAAGUAUAUACAUAUAUGUUCGUACAUAAUAUAUAUAUGUGUAUAAAAUAUUUAAUUAAUGAUUAUAAUUAAAUAUAUAAAUAUUAAAAAAUUAAAA